GGCGUGUUUAAACCGGACGACACCGCGACGGGAGCAUGUCCGAGUCUCCCCGGCUGCAGCCGCCGACAGCGACCCGGACCACAGUGAGACAGCCGCGGCUCCACGCGACAGGAAGCACACAGGAGGGCGAACCGGGCGGCAGUCGCAGCGGGGCGGUGGAUCCUCACAGGAAACAGACAGGCCCUCUGACGUCAACGGGGGUCCCGUCUCCGCCUCUCAGCCACGGGGUCUCCUCUCCGGGCCGCGGGGGGAUCCCGACGGGCGGCGAUCCUCGUCCUGACACCGGAGCAACACGUUCAACCCCUUUGUCGAUCUGCGCUCGCACUGCUGCACCUCCACCUCCUCCUCCCGCCGUCGGACCGUGCUGAGACUCCCUCUCAGUCGAGUUGCACGUCGUGUCGUGUGUCGCGCCUCCCCCCUGGCGGACCCCCGCCCGCCCUCUCCUCUGCACAUAGUUUGAGACUGACGGUUUUCCCGGAGGUUCCUUGUUGUCAGGUCACGUUGUGCCCCUCCGCCACUACCGACCGGGCUUUCCCAUGCACAGACCCGCAGCAGGGACACAGCAGCGGGCCCGUGUGCACCGCGGUGGUUAAUAAAAGAACAUGGAUGAACUGUGGCCUCCAUUGGUGCCAAACAGCCGCUCAGAUCACCCGUAAUGAAGGAAGUCGUCCAUUACUGCUGCAUUAAAAUAAACAACUUAAAGGUGCAACAUUACACAUGUUAAUCUGAGGAGAAAUACAUUAUUAUGCCUUAACAAAUUAAAUAAACAAGCUCUUUUUAUGAAUAAACUGACCUUAAAGGACAA